ACGCGAGCCUCUGAAGCGCAACUUCACGUGGACGUUCUGACACGCAACAUGACUCGGAUGCUCUGAGACGCGACUUCACGUGGACGUUCCGACACGCGACUUCACGCGAGCGUCUGAAGCGCAACUUUACCGACUCGGAUGCUCUGAGACGCAAUUUAACGCGGACGUUCCGAGACCCGACUCUCUGAUACGUAACUGGACGUUCCAAAAGGUACCGUGACGUGUGUCAGGCCUGCCGUGAUGGACGAGAGUGAUCCCACGUCACGACGAGAGAAUGCUAUAUAAGUGGAGCAUGAUAUGAUUGCACGCAAACAUCAGCAGCAGUUGAACAGACAUCUCUCGCUUCCACUUCCUGAGUGUUUUCAUCACGGCAGCUUUUUUGCCAGCAUGCAGAUCACCAACGUCCUGCUUUGGGCCCUAGGAGUCACCUACGUCAACUAUGUGACUUCCGCUGAACUGAAGUGCAAGUGUACCGAAGGCCAAACAGGCAUGGGAGUGGGUAGUGAUCCCACCCAAUGCGUAGACGGUGCACUGACAUGCGCAGAUGGCAACUUGUGCUUCAUCUCCAGCAUGAUGCACACACAUCAGCAUGAUGGAUAUUACAAGACUGGUCUUCUGGUCCUGGUCCUGGUCCUGGUUCUCAUCGUCAUCAUCAUCAUGGUCAGACCCACACAGGUGGUCUUCAUCCUCUACGCCGUGUUCCUCCCCGCCCUCUGCUGUGAUUGGCUGAGACGUUACAUGGACUUGAGUGACAGGUGUCAGUCUCUGGUCCAGGACCUGGGCGGUCCCAUGACAGAGGAGGACAGUCCACUUCCGUUCCCAAGAACACUUUACAGAUUGGCGGCAAAGUCUCAGGCGCCGUGCAAGCUGGCUUUUGUGCGAGACAGUCUGGGUCACAUUUUAGACCUGUACCAGCAGGUCAACAUGUCAGCCGUCAGCUGGGACGCCACCAAGACCGAGAACCUGCUGGUACUCCUGCAUAGACAGAAAGAGGAGGUCUCACACUGCAGUUCACCUGAAAACUGCCUUCUAACAAAACCACUGAAGGUGUACUACCACACUCUGACCACUGCUACUCUCAACCACACUGAAGGCAGCAGUGCAUCAUGGGAGUUGAUCCGCAGUGAAAGUCAGUUACACCUGCAGCAGUUACACCUGAUGGUCGCCAACAUGUAAUCACCACCACCACCAGCAGGAAGCGCCACCUCUCCUUUGACUCUUUUCUACUGCUUAUUUAUUGCUCCCUUUAUUUAUUGAUGGAUUAUAUUUAUUUGUUGCUAUUUAUUCUUUUUUACCAAGAUUGUUGACACAAUAAAGAUUUUUACACAA